GUCAUAUUAAUUAAUUCUCAAAGCAAAUAUGAGAAAUCAUAUCAUCAAAUCCUUCUUCAUAUUUCUUUAUGUGAUGACUAGUUACGUCUUCUCAACACAAGCAGACACAACAAUAGAAAUACGAAACAAUUGUCCCUUCACGGUAUGGGCCGCAGCCGUCCCCGGUGGGGGACGACCACUCGAGUAUGGUGGCACAUGGAAAAUCGAGCCAGACAUCACAGUCGUGAGCUCAACUAAAAAAGGUCGUAUUUGGGGCCGAACCAAUUGCAAUUUUAACACAUUUGGCCGUAGUCAAUGUCAAACGGGGGAUUGCAAUGGACUACUCGAAUGUCAAGGUUAUGGUACACCCCCAGUCACUUUGGCUGAAUACGCGUUGAACCAAUUCAACAAUAGUGAUUUCUUGGACAUAUCUCUUGUUGAUGGUUUCAACAUCCCUAUGGAAUUUAGUCCAGCAUCCGCUGAUGAGUGCUCUGUCAGGAUCAGAUGCACCGCGGACAUAAUAGGACAGUGUCCGAAUGAAUUAAGGACUCCUGGAGGAUGCAACAAUCCUUGUACUGUUUUCAAGACGGAAGAAUAUUGUUGCCCGUCUGUAAGUUGUGGUCCGACCAACUAUUCAAGGUUCUUUAAGGAUAGAUGUUCAACUUCUUACAGUUAUCCUAUGGAUGAUUCAACUAGUACCUUCAUUUGUCCCGGUGGAACUAGCUAUAAAGUGGUAUUUUGUCCAUAAAUUAAACAUAUGCCUAUUCUUUAAUUGUUGUUUCUUAAUUAGGACUUUUGAAAUUUCUAUGUAAGUAAAUCAUUAUAUUGAGAAUAUAAAGAUCUAACUUUUACAUUUUA